GAAGUUGAGGAGUUCUAUGUCAAAUAUAAAAAUUUUUCGUAUCUACAUUGUGAGUGGAGGACUGCCAGCGAGCUUGAAGUUGGCGACAUCAGAGUCUGGCAGAAGAUCAAGAGAUUCAAGAUUAAACAACAAAGCAGUUUUUUUGAACAAUUGGAAGAUGAUGACUACUUCAAUCCUGAUUAUGUUGAAGUUGAUCGCAUUCUCGAUUCCUCAACAAUUGUUAACCCGGACACCAACCAGCCCAUCACUCAUUAUCUCAUCAAGUGGAGAGGAUUGGGCUAUGAUGAAAGCACAUGGGAGUCUGAAAAAGAUGUGGAUAAGCAAAAAGUAAGCUACUAUUCAAUCACAUCUUCAUUACAAAAUUUGUUAAUGCAGAUGAAGCCGCGACCAUCAGCCGAACAGUGGAAGUCGCAUGAGGAAUGCCCUCAGUACAAAAAUAACAAUGUUUUAAGGGAGUACCAACUUGAAGGUCUAAACUGGCUCACUUUUAGUUACUUCAACAAACAAAGUUGUAUCUUAGCCGACGAAAUGGGUCUUGGAAAGACCAUUCAGAGUUUGACAUUCAUAGAGGAGGUGUAUCGACAUGGUAUCUACGGUCCCUUCCUCAUCAUCGUACCACUCUCCACUAUUGCCAACUGGCAGAGGGAAUUUGAGGCUUGGACUGAUCUUAACGUCAUCGUGUACCAUGGAAGCAACAGCAGUCGCAGCAUGUUGCAACAAUAUGAAAUGUACUACAAGGAUCACAAGGGCAAAAGGAUAAACAACUUUUACAAGUUCAACGUUCUGAUAACUACCUUCGAGUGUAUCAUAACUGACCUUGACAUUCUCAGGCAAAUAAACUGGAGGGUGGCGGUCAUUGAUGAAGCUCAUAGACUUAAAAAUAGAAAUUGUAAACUGCUGCAGGGACUGAGCAGCGUUGACGUUGAGCAUCGUCUUCUGCUUACUGGCACUCCACUACAAAAUAAUGUUGAAGAGUUGUUCAGCUUGUUGAGUUUCCUUGAACCCAAACAGUUUGGUUCAUCAGAAACUUUCAUGUUGGAGUUUGGCAAACUUGAGAGUGAUACACAAGUUGAAAAAUUGAAAUCUAUUUUGAAACCUGUCAUGUUACGUCGUCUAAAAGAGGAUGUUGAGAAAAGUUUGGCUCCUAAAGAGGAAACCAUCAUAGAAGUUGAACUGACGAACAUUCAGAAGAAAUAUUACAGGGCCAUAUUAGAGAGAAAUUUUGCUUUUUUGGCUCGUGGAGGUGCAUAUGCCAGUGUGCCAACGUUGAUGAACACCAUGAUGGAACUGAGGAAGUGCUGUAAUCACCCCUUCCUCAUCAAUGGAGCAGAAGAUGCCAUCUUAGAAGAAUUCAAUGUCUCACACGUUCCUGUUGACGCUGAACGACUUUUCCAAACCAUGGUUCAAGCUUCUGGAAAGUUGGUGCUCACCGAUAAGUUGUUGCCAAAGUUAAAGACAGAUGGUCACAAAGUUCUCAUAUUUUCUCAGAUGAUCCGAGUUUUAGAUGUUAUUGAAGACUAUUUGAUACAUAAAAAGUAUUUGUACGAACGUAUAGAUGGUCGGAUACGUGGCAGUUUGCGACAGGAGGCCAUUGACAGAUUUUGCAAGCCUGAUUCUGAUAGGUUUGUGUUUCUGUUGUGCACGAGGGCUGGAGGGCUUGGAAUCAAUCUCACUGCUGCUGAUACUGUCAUCAUUUAUGAUUCUGACUGGAACCCGCAGAAUGAUCUACAGGCACAAGCUCGAUGUCACAGAAUAGGGCAGCAGAAAUCAGUCAAGGUGUAUAGAUUGAUAACGAGAAACACUUAUGAAAGGGAGAUGUUUGACAGGGCAUCACUGAAGUUAGGACUUGAUAAGGCUGUACUGCAAUCUAUGGGCUCUAAGGAUUUUAAUUCAUCUAACCAACUGUCAAAGAAAGAAAUUGAAGAUUUAUUGAAGAAAGGGGCAUAUGGAGCCUUGAUGGAUGAUGAUAAUUCUACAAGCAAUGAUUUUUGUGAAGAAGACAUCGACCACAUUCUACAAAGGCGCACGCAAGUCGUUCAAGUGCAAGCAGGAGUUAAGGGCUCAACAUUUGCAAAGGCCAGUUUUUCACUGUCGACCAACCGAAUGGAUAUUGAUGUCGAUGAUCCACACUUUUGGCAGAAGUGGGCCAAGAAAGCAGAUCUUAAUGUAGAUCAGCUCAUGUCUGCUCAUGAAAACAAAGAAACUAGUGGCCUGAUUAUUGAGAUGCCGAGACAACGUCGUCAGGUGGCCAGAUACGGCAAACAAGAUGAACCAAUCCGAAUGUCAGACCUCGAGUCAAGCGGCGGGUCGGACGAUGAUGAGGAUGGCAAGGGUAGAAGUGGAGGCAAUGAGGAAGGUGCUGAUGAUGAUGACGGUCAUUCUAAACCAAGAUAUUCAAGAAAUGAAUGUUACAAUGUUGAAAAGUGCAUACUGAUUUUUGGAUGGGGAAGAUGGAGCACCAUAUUGGAACAUGGUAGGUUCAAGAAGAAACUGGCUGAAGAUGACAUUAGAAAUAUAACUAGGGCGAUUUUGUUGUACAGCUUGAAGCAUUAUGACGGAGAUGACAAGAUCAAGAUGUUCAUCUAUGACCUUAUUUCUCCUUCUCAGGAUGGCAUGGAAAGCAACUGCAGAAAUCAUUCUGGCUUAUCAGCUCCAGUUCCUCGGGGACGAAAGGGUCGCAGAGGUCAAAUAAACAAAAAGAUUAUUGAGUCUCCAAGCAGGAAGUUUGAUGGUGAUUUGAAGAAAAUUGAUCUUGACUUGGAUAGAUUCAUAUCUGAUCCUAGCUAUAAGAAACAUCUGAAAAGACAUGCCAAUAAGGUACUGUUAAGAGUGAGACUUCUCUUUUAUCUACAGCACACCAUCAUUGGCAAUCAAGCUGAAAAGAUUCUUCAAGAUGCUAAUUACAAGGAUGUGGACAUUGUGGUUCCCCGCAUCGACACCGACCUGCCAUUCGACUGGUGGGACCUGGAUGCUGACAAGUGCAUGCUCAUUGGAGUCUUUAAACAUGGCUAUGAGCGUUAUAACGAGAUGCGCAACGAUCCUGCUCUGUGCUUCCUUAGCAAGUGUGGACCAGCACCAAAUGAUGCCACUAACAGCAGUCAGAUGGAUAUUGAUGAAAAUGACGAUGACGAAGAAAUGAGGUUGCUAUUGGAUGAUGACGACGACGAUGAUGAAGAAGAUCGCAAACAAACAAGAAGAAUUAGUAACAAAAAGAAGCAAAAACAGCUAUCAAGCCUUAAAACUAACUCCUACAGCAGCAGUGCUGACAUCAAGACCAAUGAACUGUCUGGAAAACUGCCAUUCCCGACAUCCUCUGAUUUGAACCACAGGCUUAGAAGGAUUAUAACAACUUACCAGAAGCUCUACAAAAAAGAACUAAUGAGGCAGGAGCAGAGGGAAAAGGUUAGUAAUCUCAUCAGUGAAAGAGAAUUGGCCAGGAAGGCCGCCAUGCAAAACAGAUGGUCGAGAAGAGAAGAAACAGAAUUUUACAGAUUGGUGUCAUCGUUCGGAGUGGAACGCGAUCCAAUUACUUCAGAGUUCAAGUGGAACAGGUUCAGAUCACUUGGACAUUUGGAUAAAAAGUUUGACGAGACUCUAACUGAAUAUUACAAAGCAUUUAUACGCAUGUGCUGUCGAGUUUGCAAAAAGACCAUUCGUUUAUUUUGUUCCGCAGCUAACUUCACAAGUGAUCUGGCAGUGGAGACAAUAACCGAAGAGAGGGCAUCACGAUGUCUGGCCCGAAUUGAACUCAUAUGUAGAAUCAGAGAACGAGUUUUGAUCCACCCUCAAUUUGAAAGUAGACUCUCCCUUUGUCAGCCAUCUCCAGAUCUUCCCGAUUGGUGGAUAUGUGGCAAGCAUGACAAAGAUCUCCUACUUGGUGUUGCAAAACAUGGGCUGUCACACAUGGAAAUAUCCAUCCUUUGUGACCCUGAGUUAUCCUUC